GUAAAAACGUCAUUUUUUUUAAAUGGGGUUUUGUAGUAAAGUAAAAGAUUAAAGUUUUUAAUGUAAGGAUGCAAUCUUUAGUCAAUGCUGAUCUAAAAUAAAUGACUUUUAAUCGAAUAUAAUAACUUAAUAGGCUUUAUUUGGCUUACGUUCCUAAUUCCUGAUUGAGUGCAGUGCAUUCUGAUUGGCUGUCGGGAGCGUUUCGGCCUUUGAUUGGCCAGAAUAAGCGCAGAAUUAUUUAGAGUCGUCUCUGGCUACUUGUUUUUUGUCCCAAAACUGUAAUUUGGGGUUUUAGAGAAAUGAGCGCAGUAGAUUACUAGAAUGAAAAACAUGCUCUUACUAUCCUGAGCUUCAGUAAUUAGAUGGUACUUGCGCCAUGUGUGUGUGUUUGAGAGUAGCAGGCGUGUGUAUGUGGACGUGCAGGGCUUUGUGGGAAUAAAGUACGGAAUGGAUAGAUGAGAGAUUGAGAAUUUCAAAGCGCUCUUCUCUGAUUUGAGCUGUAUUUGAGCUGCUCAAAUCUCCAUAAUGGAGGUUUAAAAUGUAUUGACCGCUUUUCCAAUGCCUUUGUCUUUUUCCGGAUCGGUGUAAUUCAGUUUGCGUGUGCACAGUUUUCCAUGCCGUAGGCUUAAUCGAUCAUUUCUCACAUGUCAGGCGGUUUUUCAUCCAUGCGGAUUUUGACCGUCAUUGCUCCAUAGUUCCUUUUGGAAUCGGGAUGUUUUGGCAUUCCAGCAUCAUCCGACACACAUGGAACUCUGAGACGACGGAUUCUGGAAGUUCUCUGCAGUUCUAUUUGAGUUUAUUUUUAGAUUCCACUCGGUUUGAUGUCUGAGUCAGGCUGGGUCAUGGGAUUUGACUGAGGGUGACUAACUGUGAACCUUGAGCAAUGUCUCUGGUCCUGGAUGCUUAUUUCUGACUUCUACCAGUGACCUGUUGGACAACAGGCUUUUUUUUUUUUUUGAUUGAAGAAAAUGUCCAGUAUCACAUCCAGCUUGAGAUCCCUGAGAUUGGACGAAGUCUAUUUGGGUCUCUAAACUAGUUCCUAAUUUCGAUAUCCAGAAUUUGUCCGGGUCCUACAUGGGGAAUACCAGUCGGAGAACCCAACGUCUUCUAGAGGAGACGGAAUAUUUUAAUGGCAGAGAACCAGAUACAGAAUCCCAGAAGUCUCACCUCUCCUCUUUCACGAUGAAACUGAUGAAAUUUCAUUCCCCGAAGAUUAAAAGAACUCCAUCUAAGAAAGGCAAACAACUCCAGCCAGAGCCUGCAGUGAAGACUCCAGAGAAACCUGUCAACAAGAAGGUGAGUCGAUUGGAGGAACAGGAGAAGGAGGUGGUGAGCGCUCUGCGUUACUUUAAGACGAUUGUGGACAAGAUGAACGUCGAUACGAAAGUUCUCCAGAUGCUUCCUGGUUCAGCUAGUAAAGUUUUGGAGGCCAUAUUGCCUCUGAUGCAGGUAGAGGCUCGGAUACAGCACAGGCCGCCUCUGGGACCAGCACUAACAAAACAAUACUCGGCAAUGUCCUCCUGUCAUAACCGUGUCUAUCAGAGUUUGGCGAAUCUCAUUCGUUGGUCCGACCAGGUGAUGCUGGAGGGCAUCGACCUCGACGACAAGGACACUGUGACAACCGUCACCACGGUGAUCAAAGCCGUGCUGGAUGGUGUGAAGGAGCUGGUGAAACUCACAAUAGAGAAACAUGAGCAACCAUCCCCAACGUCCCCCAACAAACCAGCGCCCCCUGUGACCAAAACUGAGAGUGUGUGUGAAAAUCCUCUAACUGAACGAGAGAAGGCGAUUCUGAGUAAGACCACGCCCAUUGUCACGCCCACUGACAGCUUGACUGACAUGUCAGAGGAAGAGGUGGCUCCGCCCAAACCUCCUCUACCAGGACUCAAACUGGCAGAGCACAGGAACAGGAUGCAGUUGUGCUCCGAUCCUGUUGCCGGCCAGCGGAGGGCCACGACGAUGGAAACCCCGCCCGCUCUGCCUCCCAAGAAGCGACAGUCGGCCCCCUCCCCCACACGUGUUGCCGUGGUAGCACCGAUGAGUCGAGUCCCGUGCGGUCUCAACCUGCCUCCUGGAGCUCUGAGACAGCAGGAGUUUGAUGUGGAGCUCCUCCAGAGGCGUUUCUCCGGUGGGAGCCAGUCGUAUGGCGGGGAUUCGCCUCGCCUCUCUCCCUGUAACAGUAUGGGAAAGCUCAGCAAGUCCGACGAGCAGCUCUCGUCGUUGGAGCGAGACAGCGGGCAGUGCUCCCGCAACACUAGCUGUGAAACACUAGAGGGAUACGAUCCUGAUUACGACUUCCUACAUCAGGAUCUGUCCGUAUCCGACCCUUUACCGUUUCCCACCGGCACUGGCAGCAGUCUGAGCCCCCUCCCAGAAUGCCACGGGGAGUCUCAGUCGUUAAGCCCCGCCCAUGCCCCCACCCACCCGCGUUUCAGCGCUCCCGUCACCAGUCAGGCUUCCCUGGAGUACUGGACCCCGCCCCUCACACCCGGAUCGACCAAUAGCGUGCUUCCACCCGCCCUCCCGCAGAAGAAGCGACGGUCUGCACCAAUCAUAUCGGCGUACCCUCUUUAUGAGCGCCUCCCAUCGCACUACGAUAACCUAUCAGAAGAGGAGCAGCCCACGCCGCCCUUCCCGCUGCUGACGCCAGUGUCGCCCCUACCACAGGUCAACGGCGGAGACGAGCUCUUACAGUGUACUGACCCCGACAGCCCGCCGCCGCUACCAGAGAAGAAGGGCAAACAGAUUCUGCAGUACAUGCAGUUUGUGGAGGAUUAUUCAGAACCACAACCGUCCGUCUUCUAUCAGACGCCUCAGAGCGAGAGUAUUUACGAGCAGCGGAGGAACAAGCGCUUUCAGGAGGUUUACGGCUUCAACGAUUCCUACAGCAGUCCGGACUCUGUGCACGAAGUCGUUCCACCGCCGGCGCUGCCACCCAAACAGAGACAGCUGGCCUCCUAUACCUCUCCUCCUUCAUCAUCCUCUUCCUCUUUUUCAAUUCUCCCUCCUCCUGCUGGUCUUCCGGAGGAGGCGGAGCCUGCUCUUGGUCUCAGCCUAUCAGUGUCUAACUCCUUCCUCAGUGACCACGCCUCUUUGACCACACCUGUGAGUUCCGACCCGGUUGGCUUGACCAAUGCUGGCAGAGCUCUAGAUGGUGGUGGUGUCUCUAACGGGUCCUUGACCAGCUCUCUGGUCUCUCUGGCCGUCUGUCUUCCUUCUGAGUCUUCUCUUUCUGACUCACUUCUUACCUCCGCGAGUGAGAGUGUUGAUGAAGGUGGCGAGGGAGAGUAUGUGAACCUGUACUCGUCCACACAUGCUAACGGAGACAACACACACCGCACUGACACUUCUUCAUGUGAUGAUGUGCUUCAAGACCACACCCCUCACAUACCCACGUCCAAUAGCAAGGAAGCGUUGUCUAAGGACAGGCCGAAAGAACCCAGUCAUGGUCAGAUCGAUGAUGUUGAUGAAUUAUCCCUUAUUGAUCAUAAUGACAUUAUGAACCGCAUCACGCUCAAAGCAGAGAAUGAUGAUGGUCCUGAUGUGAGAGCCGGUUCUGGUGAUAUACUGUUAGUUCACGCUACAGAAACAGACCGCAAAGAUUUGGUGUUGUACUGUGAGGCUUUUCUCACCACCUACAGAACCUUCAUAACGCCCGAAGACCUCAUUAAAAAACUACACUACAGAUACACUCGCUUCUGUCACAGUCCAGACACCUUUAAGAAGCGUGUCAGUAAAAACACGUUCUUCGUGCUGGUGAGAGUCGUGGAUGAACUCUGUCUGGUGGAGUUGACCGAGGACAUCCUGCGGCAGUUGAUGGAUCUGGUGUUCCGGCUGGUCUGUAACGGGGAACUGAGUCUGGCGAGGGUCCUGCGGAAGAACAUCCUAGAUAAAGUGGAACAGAAGCGGCUCCUGCGGCACGUGCACACGCUCAAGCCUCUCGCCGCGCGGGGCGUCUCUGCAAGGCCCGGCACGCUGCAUGAUUUCCGCAGUCAUGAGAUCGCAGAUCAGCUGACGUUGCUGGACGCAGAACUUUUCUACAAGAUCGAGAUUCCUGAGGUGCUGCUUUGGGCGAAGGAACAGAACGAAGAGAAAAGUCUAAAUCUGACCCAGUUUACAGAGCACUUUAACAACAUGAGCUACUGGGUGCGCUCUAUAAUCAUCCAGCAGGAGAAAGCUCAGGACAGAGAGAAACUGCUGCUCAAAUUCAUCAAAAUCAUGAAGCACUUGCGGAAACUGAAUAACUUCAACUCUUACUUGGCGAUUCUCUCUGCGCUGGACUCUGCACCAAUCAGACGACUGGAAUGGCAGAAACAGACAUCUGAGGGCUUGGAGGAGUACUGCACUUUGAUUGACAGUUCGUCAUCUUUCCGAGCAUAUAGAGCGGCUCUAGCUGAAGUGGAGCCUCCAUGUAUUCCCUAUCUGGGUUUGAUCCUACAGGACCUGACGUUUGUUCACCUCGGAAACCCGGAUUUUAUUGAUGGUAAAGUGAAUUUCUCCAAGCGCUGGCAGCAGUUCAACAUUCUGGACAGCAUGAGACGCUUCCAGCAAGUACACUACGACCUGAAACGGAACGAAGACAUCGUCUCGUUCUUCAACGACUUUAGCGAUCACCUGGCGGAGGAGGCAUUAUGGGAACUCUCGCUCAAGAUCAAACCACGAAACAUCUCGCGGCGCAGGACAGAGCGAGAGGAGAAGACCUAGAACCUGAGAUCUACAACCUCAGAGACAAUUUACGGUGAGACCUGAACCUCCUGCAGAACCUUGGGAACCCUCGCUAGGCUUUUUGAGUUCCUUAUCCGGUUCUGGAGAUGAAUUGGACUAAACCGAGAACACGCAAGCUCCAAUUUGCACCAAAAAACUGAGACAUUAGCAGUAUUUUCCCCUGAUUGUGGACUUUAAAAACUCAAGAGGGGAAUCCUAAUUCAGUAUCAAUAUACAGAUACGCAUUCGCACGCGCACACAGAGGGCUCAAGAGGACCCGAACGCUGUGAUAUAAAGCUACAUCCUCACAACUUUCUAUGUUUGCGUGUGUUUAUGUGUGGGUGUACAGAAAGACACACUCUAAGAGGGCUUGGUUCAUUUAAUAUUAAUACACUGUGCCUGAUGGAGUGAGUUCAUGUUUGUUUGUCCCGUUCGGACGUACCGUUCGGCCUUCCAAAGGUCAUUCAACCUACCAUUCGCCCGUCGGGUCGACCGUUCAGACCAUACGAUUGGGAAAUGGGCAGACGUGUGUGCAAUCUUAUAAACCGUUUUAUGAGGAAUAUUCACUGAUUUGUUAAAAUUAAUGUUUUGACAGACACGGUGAGUAUUGGAUAAGUGGAAUAUAUUAUAUUAAUUCAAAAAUUAAAGACUGAACUGGACGUUUGGACUCAUUUUUCAUGUCAUCUUGCUAUAUUGUUUUGUGUGUGACCAUGUGCAACCAUUAUUAUUACUGUUUAUCGCUGACAGCCCCUCAAAUCCCACGAAAUCUGUCGAGAACGUGUGUUUUCACCUUAAAACAAACUUUUUAUGCGUACAAUUUGCAUUGUGACAUUAUUUUCAUUUUCAUUCCUCUUCCCAAUUCUCAAUAGCUCAAUAACACGAAAUGCCAAAAAAAACUGCAAAGUGCAUUUAUAAGGUACAAACAAAUUGUAGUAUUUGUACUGAAUUUAAAUAGGUCACAUUCAUCAAACACAAGCAGAGCAAAUUUGAAAAUGCAAAUUGUUCAUAAAGCCUUUUAUGCAAUUUUUUCAGAAGUUUAUGCAAGUUUAUUCAUUACAUAAGUUCAACACAUAAAUGUUUAAUAAACAAAUCAGAACAAAAAGUAAUUUGUUCUGCUCGUGCUUCACGAAUGAGGCUUAUUUUGUCAUGUUUUAUUUUAUUUUUUGAAAAUAGUGUCACAAUGCAAAAACUUAUCCUAAUGGUCCCAAAAAGGCAUUUUUUUCUUUAUUCAAAAUUAAUUUAUCAUUUUUUUUAUCUUUUGAUUAUUGUGGGGGAAAAAGGCCCGAACAUUUGCGACUAUGAUGUCACAGAGGGGGGCGGGGCUCAGUGUUGCCUGGCGACGAGCAGUUUGCCAGCGUGCAUGUGUAUGAUUUUGAUUCUUUUGGGAUGUGUAUGAUAUUAUGUUCUGUAUAAAUGUACAUGUACAGUUGUGAUGUAUAAUCUCCCAUCAUGUAGAGGGCAGUUACGAGGAAAUAUAUUUUCAAACCAAACGAGUCACGCACUAAAAUAACUAACAUUAUGAGGCAAAAAAAACACAAGGACUGAAUAUGCUGUGAUCUCUGGGCGUGUGUGUUUGCGUGAGUGAGUGUGUGCGCGCGUGCGGUUUUUCUACAGAAUGUUGUUAUUCAUAUAUGGGAAAAAAAGGAAGCUAAAAAGGCUUUCUUCAGUGUGCAUCUGAGAUGUUGACGUUUACUGACUCCUGGGAAUUUUUUUCCUGUUACACCUAUAACAUCCUGUAUAUUCAACCACCAAUAAAACUGCUCUCUUUGUA